AUGAGUACUGGCUGGAACUUCCAACCCAACGGAAAAAGCGUGAAGGGGAAAAGAAGGCAGGAGCUGAAUUACAUUAACAUUUUUGACCAAGGAGGAAUCCCCAACUUUAGGAAAAAAAAUGGACAGUUCAGCAAAGGGCUAAAUUGCGGUCCCGCUGGGCGCAAGGCGUUGAUUCGAUGGAUAGAAUAUAAUUACCAACUCAAAAAUGAAGACGAAAACAGCUACCCAGCUUUGAGCGCGUGCAACGUGUGGCAAAGGAGGCAGUCCUUCCAGGAUAAAACCCUCUCCGGUUUGGUUGAUUUUCUCAAGUUCCUGAGCAUCCCCAAGCAUCUAACAUACAGAACGGUGUUCGACAAUUACCUUUUCCCUAAGUUUGUGAACAGGCUUAGUUCAACGGAGGCUUCACAGAAGGGGCUGACGAAAUUGGCGAAGAAAAUGAUGCCCAUGUUCCAAGUGCGCGAAAUGCAGCCACUCUUCUCCAUUCUUCUGGACAAAAUUGACGUCAUACCUGUAGGAAUUCUGAAAAUGCUGGUGGAGGAAACCCCGUCAGCUCAGUAUUUUUACGAAAUAACCUCCAUGAACGUGAAGAGAAAGAUAUGGGUUCUAUGUCCUCAUAAGUUCUACCAAGAAGUAGAACCAAUCAUAGAAGAAAUUAUUUUAAGAAUAAAAAUAAAAAGCAGACACGAUGACACAGUACUUGCAUUGAUUAACCAAAUUGUGGAAUUGAUAGGAAAUGAAAAGGAAAAAAACUUUUUAUAUCAUUUGUGCGUUCACAUUUUGCGAUUAAAAUGGGUUCAGAUUAUUCUAUGUGAAAGGGAAGGUUUUACCUCAGACUGUAGCGGAAUAGGUAACGGUACUUCUCCCCCCAGUAGGGGUAAAGAAUCUAGAAGUGACACUGAAGAUGGAAAACUAGAAUCCAAAACAUAUUCCACUAAUGAUUCUUGCGAAAAGAACGAAUUUGUGGAGGACAGAAAUUUAAAAAGUGAGUACGAAGGAGUUUGGGAAAACCCUUCUUACGUAAAUUUAAACCCCGUUUCUCACCCCUCUUUGGACGGCAACCAUUUUGUAGACAGACUGAAAAAAUUGCAUUCUUGUUUUGACAAAAUUAUUCAUAAAGAGCAGAAUGUUAAGGGGGAGGGAACAACGAAAUUUGAUAAGACAAAGCCAUAUUUUAUAUCUCUUAGUGGGUAUAGCCAUUAUAGCACCUCUUUUCACUAUUUGAAGAAGAGGAAGUUGGUUCAAGCAGGAAACCGUGAAGAUAAUAUUCCCAAGGUAGGUGGGACGACCCCUUGGGAGAACAAUGAGAACGAUACAGAGGGAUUGUUAACAGGCACCAUGGAGCCAGGCACCGAAUUUAAAAACAAUAUGAAGAGGAGCUGGCCGAUAGGCGAAGAUGCGAAAGACGCAAAAAAGAUAAAAAUGAACAUACACAAUUUUAGAAAGGAUAAAAUUUGUCCAGAUGAUUCUCACGUCAGUACUAGUGGACAAAUGUACAGCGAGGCUGGAGAUACUUCCACAGUUGAGAAAUUUAAGGAGGAGGAUGGUAUUAUGCCCACCGUUGGCGUCAAUAAGGAAAGCAGUGGAGGGAAUAACCAUGUAAUCACAAACAAUAAUCGCCCUAGCCACAGUAGUAGAAGCAGUAAUGAUAAAGAAGAUGCAGAUGGGAUGGACAAAGGGAAAAAAUGGCAGAAGAAAGAGAAAAGUGCUAAUAACAUCAAGUACAAAUCGAAUUGCAAUGAAAAUUAUCCGAAGAGGACGCUUCUACCUUUUGAUGGAAUGUUCUAUAGUCAUCUAAGACUGCUUCUAUGUCUUCAAUAUAAAGAAAAAUAUAACAUCAAAGAUGAAGAUAUGAUGACAGUGGACCCUUAUUUUCCUGUGAUCGAAUUUAUUAACCAUGUCAUUAGAGAAGGAAUAUUAAUUUUUUCAGAUCAACUAAAGACACAAGAAGUAGUUAAAAGGAUUAAACAUAAUCUUAACAUAAAGAACGUGGAAGAUUUAUGUGAGUAUUCUUUCCUAUUUAGCAACAUCUUAUUAAAGUUUUGUAUCAUUAAAGGCAUUUGUUUUUACUUCUAUGGAAAUAACUUGGAGAUGGUGCCCUAUAAAAAUUGCAUGAUUUUCUGGACCUCCCUUUUUUAUUUUGGAGUUUACAACAAUUUCUUUUUUUUAAUUAAAUAUGCGCUGGAUAAGAUGGAGUACAAACAUAGGGGAAGGAGGUGCAGCCAGUAUUUUCAGUUGAGACAGAGGUUGGUAGGGGAAGGUAUUCAGACCUGUGGAAACUUCACUGGGGAUACAUCCCAAAUGGGAUAUGUAGAAGGUGACCCUUGGGAUGAGAACAGGGAGGGCCUGUCGGAGGGAGGGUCACCAAGAUCAGAUGAAUUGUCAGGUGAAUUGUCAGAUGAAUUAUCAGCAGAAUUGUCAGCAGAAUUAUCAGGUGAAUCGUCCGAGAGAGUAUUACGCGAAGAAGGAGAAGAGGCCAAUUUAUCUGGGGGGGACUACGGAGAAUGUGAAGGAAGCAUGACAAGCGAAUAUUCCAAAGAGGUCGACGAGGAUGGAAGUAGUGACGGGAGCCAUGAUGCCGACCACAUUGAGGAAGGUGAAGAGACUGGAAGUAGCCAUGUGAGUGAAGGAGUAAGGGGAGAAGAACAGAGUGAAGAAUUGGAGGGGACAGUGCCCAGUGAAGGGGUAGAGAGGACAGCUCCCAGUGAGGGGGUAGAAGGGACUGCACCCAGUGAGGGCGUAGAAGGCACUGCACCCAGUGAGGAGAUAGACGAUACAGUGCUGAGCGAAGAGGUUGAUCAGACAGAAAACAGUUCUCCGACAGAAGGGUCAAGCCCGAAUUAUCCACAGGAGGACGAAAAUUUCCGUGAAGGCUACAAUAGUAGCGCUGGAUAUGAGGAGCAGUUUACCACGAACGGAAACGAGCCUUACGAUGACGUGGGUGAAUACCAAGACCAUCUGGAGAGGUACGACGAAAGUGAAGUGGACGAUGCGGAAUCGAGUGAGGAGAAAAAACGGAGGAAUCAGGAGCGGGCGUACGCCAGGUAUAGGGAGUACGAAUAUGGUGAGGAUGACGAUGAGGAGGAGGAAGACGAAUACAGUGAUGAGGACGAAGACAACGCUGAAGAAGAGGCAGAAGAGGACGAAAACAAUGACGACGAAAUGGAAAAUGAUGAUGACGAAGAGGAUGACGACGAGGAUGAUGAUGAUGAUGAAGAAGAAGAAGAGGAAGAGGACAUCCAUGGAGAAGACGAAGAAAGCGAAAAACAAUCUGAAAACGACGAAUAUGGUGAAGAUGACGAUGAAUCCCUAGGGGGUGAGGACGAGGAGACCUACAUCCGCCACUAUACGCGCUACCCCGACGGAGGGCGAAAGGGAAAAGUGCGUGUGCGCCAGUUCAAGACCUGCAGUGAUAGCACGUUCCUCGCGCAUGAGGAAGAAACAAGCGAGAAGGAUGAUUUCAAAUUAUAUUUCCACAGCAUGCGGAGCACGCAAGAUCCGAAGGAAGAGCAAACUACCAAUGUUGGACAUACCAUCAGCGAAAUGAAAAGCAGAAAAAAAUAUAAAGUCUUGGUGAAAAAUUGUAAGGAUAGCUAUUUGAAGAUACCCCUAAUGAUUAUUUUAAAAUAUAUAGUCAUUGCGAAUAAUGAACAAGGAAAUUUCCUGUCCUUUUUUGAAUUUAUCGAAGAAGAUACAAAAUUUGAGAGCUUAAAAUCUGUAAAGGAAAAAAACAGCAUAUUGCUUUUAUCAGCUUUGUUGGAUAUCCCCCAAGUGAAUUAUUUGCAAAUAAAAAAUUUUUUUUCUAUCAUUCACGAAUUUUUUUAUAUGGAGAAGAAGAAUUUACCAAGCUUACCCCUUAGUAAUACUCCACCGAGGGAAAGUAACUGUAAUGCACAAGUUCUAAACGGGAUAAAAAGGGUGGAGGAACAUAUAAAAUCACGUACAACAAGUGAACUAUUAAGCAACAACAGCACGUUGAGCGAGUAUACUGCUAAGGUACGUAACGUGAGCAGUAAUACAUAUAUCUCUUCAAACGGUGAUAGCAGCUACGGGAAUUGGGGCUCAAGCAAGGGAGAAGCAGAAAACGAAAUAAUCAGUAGCAGGCUACCCCUUCAUAUUACCAAUGAAUAUACAACCAUGUAUGAUAAAGACAGACGCGUGAACGAAUGGAGUGAAGAUCAAACCAGCGUGUCGGAUGCGAGCAGUAUUAACAACAUGCCUGUCAGAGGGAGGGAAGAAAACACAUUUGAAUGUCUGAAAAAAAGGCUAAUAAGCCAAAUAAACGAUAUGAACAGUGCAAUAUGUAGAAACGAAUUCUUAAUAAAUAACAACAUAACGUCUAUAUGUGCUUACCUGAGGGAGAUGGGCGAUAACCAUGAUGAUGGUGGUGGUGGAUUAGUUAACCCUCUUAGCCAAAUCAAUGUCGAUAAUGCAACAAACCUGGGAAUCAGAGCGAAAGGAAGCGACACAAACAGCGAGUUGAGCCCACACCCAGACCUAAUUGCUUCGCGGAUCGAACAGAACAGAAGUACGCCUUGCUCAAUUAAUCUCUUCUGCGAAAUUUCGAACGAGAUAGUGAGUAAGUUAAACAAUUGCAACCACAUCAGCACCAUUAACAAGUGCCUGCCUUACAUUUUAAAAGUGUGCUUCCGAACAUUUCAAUUUUUAAAAAAAAAGAAACUGAUAAAUAUUUACAUAAAAUAUAUGUAUCUAUAUGAGUAUUUGUACCACAUGGUGUUGAAUAGAAUGCUCCACAUUAGCACGAUGAAGAGUCUCCCGUUUUUGCAAAAUGUUAUCUUAAAGGAGUUGCAUUAUUAUUUUGAGGAUUUAAAAAAUAGGAAAGUGAAGAACCUGUGGAAGUUUUACCUCUACGCUCACACACUAAUUGAUAUAAACAAAAUGAACUUAAUUAACAAACUCUUUCAUAACAAUGCCAUUGAUUAUUUUAUAAAGUUGUUUUAUUCUCUGUCCUUUUACAAUCCAGUUUUUUCGGUGCUUUUUUUGAAGCUCAUUCAGACACCCCUGUUUUAUAGGAAUAUUGAAAAUAAGAAGAGCGAAAUUUUGCAAAACAUUUGGAUCGGGACGCAUGAAAGGAAUUUUUCAGAAAAUUCUGAAGAUAAUCGACAAUCCAUAGAGUAUAAAAUUUGGAUCGAAGUGUACAACAAAUUUAUUACCAAGUGA